UGAUGAUGAUCUGCAAGAUGAAAGUGCAUGGUGAGGAAAAGACUCGAGAUCAACCCCAUUCACCCGUGAAUCCAUUCAGCGGAACAGUCGACCAAAAGAAUCCAAGCCAAGUAAAGAGCCUCGAGCUCCGCUCGUGGCUCGGGCCCGCAGCCCAGCCGAACCAGGGGCUACCCGUCGGUGCGCGCAAGAGCAGCGCCAGCCUGGACCGGCUGUGGGAUGCCGUUAACUGCCCGUGGGUAGGGCAUGACCGGCCUGCCCUCGGUCGUCUGUACCGUGGUCAUACUUCUUCGCGUCGCCUUCACGGCCGCGGGAGGCAUGUCUCGCCGACGCGUCCAGCAGGCCGUCUCCAGGGAUACGUGUUCGCGGGCGGGCGAAGGCCUCCGUACCGCCCUGGAAAAAGCGCAGCACCUUCCGCUACCGCAGCUCCUCAACCGGAUGCUCAAGGAGUCGUCCGGCCAGUCUGACUCGGGCCCCUUGCAGCUGGUCGUGCUGGACGACGACGCGGAUGACACUGUAGUCCUUGAGGACGGCACCGCCUGGAAGCCGUACCGGGAGGUGGACGAGGUGAAAGCGGCUGGCGAGUACGUCGGGAUCCUUCCCGAGACCAAAGCAAUUUCGCCAGAUGCAGACGACAACGCGGUGAUCGACACUACACGGGCCAGGUCACCCGUUCCUCCAGUCCUCGAGAGGGACCUUCAAGCGGACGUCUUCGAGGUGGACAACGCGAUCGACAAGGCGGGUAGCCCUGGCGCGCGGGAGCUCGGAGACUUCAAAACCAGAAGUCCUCAGCAUGUUGCCACGUCACCCCCGAAAGACGUUGCCAUUCAGCCCAGGCCUGACCUCGGGCGAAGUCUUCAAGACGGACGUUCCGAGGCCGUCUGCGAGCAGAAGUCUGCCAAGACCUCUCUGCCGGACGUCCGUUCCCGUCUCCAGGAUGGGACCGCAUCGGUUCCUCCAAGGUCCCUCCCCGAAAUCCCUAGAGCCACCCAAAACGAAGGGAACACUUUUGAGGCCGUACCCACGAAGCCUCAGCUGGAGGACGUCUCUUCGUCGAAUGUCGCGGUCCUGCUCGGUCCUUUACAGAAGGACAUCUCUUCGAAGUCUCGAAUUCAGAAGGCCAUUUCCUCGGACGUGGAGGACACCGAACAAGUCUCUAAUCUCGAUGUAGUCAGGGCCUGUUCCCCGGAUGCUGGGACGCUAGUUAACGCAAAGUCCAGGUCAGAAGACAGCAUGAGCCACAUAGAAGAUAAGCUCGAACAACACAAACUUUACGCCGACGCUUCAGUCAAAUUGCCCGCGGUAUCAAUACCGGUGAAAUCGUACGAGCCAGCUUUGAGGGCUCGUUCCACGGUAGCGGUGAAGAGCCAGAUGUUGCAGACGGAGCACGGGGGGUAUCAGGUGUCAUCAGUCGGCACACAAACGGCAUCGGAUGGCAAGGCAACGGCCUGGUACACGUUUUCACGGAGACCGCCAAAAGCAGGUGGCGGCAGCGCUGUCAGCCUUCUUCGUCCUAUUGUAUUUUUACCUUUGCUACGCGCUGGUCGCCUGGGCAAAGGAAUUCUACGAGACGGAUAUCCGUGAGGACCUCGACUUUCUUUAGCAAGCCAAGUCACUGGCGAUUCUGUCGAGUUAGCGCCAAAAAGAGAGAAAGGAGGUUGGCUUAACAACACCCCCAUCCACCCGAUUUUUUAUUAAAAACAAAAAGAAAACAAACGUCGUCACAUUUGGUAUGUACCGCGGCAAGCGUUAGAAAUGUGAGCACAUAGCUUCCGAACGUGCUUCUGUUGUAUGAAAGUUCGUGGAGUUAAACGGAUACGCUAUAUCUUUAAAGAGACCAUGAAAUGAUUUCUCAACUUC